AUGCUCAGCGGCGGUUCGCAGUUCUCAGAGUGGCGUGUGCGUAAUCGGCCUGUGCCCACUGUGCCGCUUGGGACGAGUUUGUGAAAGUGUAUGUGGUUUGCGGCGUUCAAGGAUCGUCGACGCUUCGACAGAGUGCGUGUGUGUGCCUGUAACGGAUGUGAGACCCAUCGCCACGAGUGAACCGCUUGCCGGGAUAAAUGUCGUUACUUUCGGACGGUGCCCAGGGACGCCGCUGGUUUAGCUACGAGUGCUUCUUGUUCGCGUUACCACCGUGUGCCACUCGCGAAAACGGCAAGGAGUGUUCGAGUUCAGUGGGGGGGCUUGGCGCUACCCGGUGAGUCCCCAAGGACAAAGAAGAGCGGACGGUCGUCUCCUCUUGAACUUUGGGGGGGUGUCUGUAGUUCUCCUCUGAGCCACCAGUUUCAACGCUGCAACUGCUGCCGCUUUGUGCUUUAAGGGUGCAGGGAAACGCUCAGGGGAGCACACUCAGGGUGGAAGAGGCACCCUGCCGAUGGGGCCAUUGUUGGAGGAGCCACACUGAGGGCCGCCCCCGCCGGUGGUCCCCCACCACCGCCCCAAGCUGGAGCCGGCGGACACGCUGCCGUCGUGCGCCGGCGGCAGCACCCGGAACGCGCACACCCUCACAGAUGCAUGCAACGUCAUGCCACCAAUAUCUGAGUUGCAGUAAUGGUGCCGAGGUGGAGCUGGUGAGCCUCAUCGAAGAACAGCUGCCUCGGUACCGCCUGCGAGCAGACACCCUCACCGAGUUUGGAGGUUACGACAAGGAAGAUUGGUCGAUUAUUCCAUCACCGUGUCUUCCCAGCCCGGAGAAUCUGGACUUGCCUCCUGAACUUAUCCAAGAGACGCUGAACUACUUUGUGGUGUCUGGAGAGCGGGUGAGCCAAAUGACACGAACAUAUAGCGACCCGGAGGCCCUGACGCGGCUGUUGGAGGAGAAGGAGCGUGACCUGGAGCUGGCGGCCCACAUUGGGCAAGGCCUGCUGCGCGAGAAGCGAGAACUGGCUUGCCGCACGGACGCCCUUGAGGCGGAGCUGAUGCAGGCCCAGGAGUCGCUUACGCAGCUGCGGCAUGAGCUGGCCCUCAAGGCCUCCCUCCUGCAGGUGUACACGGCGCAGGAGGAGGCCGACGCUGCCCUGCCCUCGCCCACCGACGAUGACGAUUUUCCUGUGAGCACAUUGACUCGCAAGAUUCACGAGCUGGAGGAGGAGAACUGCAAGCUGAAGGCAGAGUCCCAGAGCCAGCUGAGCCACCUUGAGGAAGAAGAGAAGAAGGAGAUGCAACUCAUUCGAGACUGCGUGAGGCAGCUGUCGGACGUGACGAAAGAGUCGAGUCACCUCCAGGAGGAGCUGUGCCGGCGGACGGAGGUGAACCUGAGGCAGCAGCAGGAGAUCCUGACACUCAAUGCACAGCUCAACGACAUGCAGCGAUAUGCCCAGUCGCUGCGUGCAGAGGCGGAGGAGCUCCGGGCGCAGCUGGCCCUGAGCCGCGGCCUGCAGGAACAGCAGUCGGAAGAGCUCCUGGAGGCCCGCGCUCGGUACCUGGACCUCAAGGAGGCCUUCCUGGAGCUGCAGGCGCAGCUGCGGCACCGUUCCCAGGAGGAGGAGCCCCGACAAAGCGGUGCUGCCAUCUGGGGCAGGUGCAGCGGCAGCAGUGGCAGCAGCGCCAGCGGCCCACCAUCAUUGGCCUGCGAGCUGCAAGCCUGCCUGGGGGAACAAGGGGACCAAACACCCAUCGGUAGUGGCACCGGAGGACCCGACGCAUUUUCUUUCAAGCCUGCCUGCAGCCCCUGGUCUCAAUCUGAGGAGUCUGAAGAGUCAGACUGCAACGACAGUCAAUACUCCUCGCUAAGCAGCCUAGGCCUGAGUCCUCGCAAAGGACGGCGGGGUUCCAGUCGUCGGCUUCCACAGAGUUCCUGGGGUCCUGUGGCUCGACCAUUCCGCCUCUCUGACAAGCUCCUCAUGGUCAAGCCUCUGGAGGGUUCGGAGCUGCUCAAGCAAUGGCAGCGUCUGGCAACACCUGGGCUCAGCGACUUCUUCGAAGACCAAGGGUCGGGGGUCAGGCUAAAAGGCGGUCUCCCAGUACAGCCACCUCUGGAGGCUGUGCAGGAAUCCCCAGAUGGUGACGAGUGCGAUCUGAAGGACUUGGCGGGAAACGCCGCCCCUGGGAUUCCAGAUGGUGUGGCACUUAGGUGCUGGGUCCAAGGUCCAGGCUGGGAGCCGGAAGCGCCCUGGCUGAGGCUGCAGGCUUGCCUUGCCAAGCUAAGUGGUGGCAGCGGUGAGAGUUGGACGCCCAGUGUGCUGCUUCGGACCCAGCAGCAGCAGGAGCAGCAGGAUAAGCCAGUCCCAGAGACGCCGCCAUCUUCCCCUGUGAUGCAGCGUCGCGGAGCCACAAGGCUUUUACGCUCGUACCGGGCUUCGUCGCAGUACUGUCACUCACCAGCACGACCAUCGAAGCUAGCUGUCGUCCACGAGGGUGCUACAGCAGCACAGCAACGUACAACGGAGUUGUUGCAGCGGGACACUUGCAGUAGUUCGGCAGUCAGAAGCUAGCUGACUAGAGACAAUGUGACUAGUGCCGCUGAACUAAGCGAGCUAUUUUUUUUUUUCUUGUGAUGAUAUUUAUACAUCUGUUGUUGUCUAGUUGUUCCAAGGUUGGUUCGAGUCCAGAGGAAUAUUCAUUUAGGGUUUUCAUAGAGAGACAGAACCCUGUGGGCACACAAUGUACGCAUGAAAGGACCACUGCGUGCGGAACUCUGGUUGGUUCGUGUCCAGAUUUCACACUGUGUAUGUAAACCUGCUCUUCUACGGAUACCAUGCGUGCUCAAGGUAGCAUGACUAGACUUGGCUUCCUGUAUUUUUCUAUGCAUGUGACACCACUGUUUUAUUUGAGUGCCAAAAUAUGAACUAAAGGUUUUAUUUUAGAACCUCUCUUUGUGCCGAGAAAUGACGGAAGCAAACACAUUGCAAUAACUGCCAGAAUAUUACAAGCCGCAUUAGUGAGCCGAUCCAUUCUUAGCCAUGUCCAGUUACCAAAAAAAAAAACAGCACAUCAGCUGGAGUGCAUGUGCCUGAGAAUGGGCAGAAGCCAAGAAAGGACCAACAUUGUCCCCAUGUAUUUGCACACCUCACCCUUUAGGUGGCACUGCAGUAAGAUUGUGGCACCCUCUGGUAGUAUUUGUUUGCAACUACAGCGUUGCAUGAAUAUGCAGUGAGGGGGGCUUAGGAUAGCCUGGUUAGAAUGGUGAGCUGUCAUCAUCAUCAUCAUUAAUGAUGAGGAGCUGUUAAUGAGUGUUCAGGCAUGCCUUCCCAUUGUUUUCAUUUGCUUUACCUGACAAUUUCAAUCAAGCUAAUGGCAUCUUUUAGUGAGAGAUGAGUCUAAUUAGUGGGCUUGAGCAUCUGUGGCUUCCGUGGGAGACAGGCAAGUUCCAUGAUUCACUCAAAAGUUGCGCUGCAGAGAAUGUAUUGCAGUGGUCCUUCGAGGUCUUUUAAGUUUGUGAAGGCGAGGCUGUUGUUUUCGUUGGUCUCACAGUGUACCUGUAGGAAGCCUUGUUUUUAGCCUUGUGUUUUUCUUGCACUGCUCAUGCAUCCGUCUUAAAUGUUAAAGCUUGUUGUUUAGCACCUUUCAUCAUUAAAAAAAUAUGAAAAUAUGGGUCCUAAAUGGUAGGCAUAUGUUCUCAUGUCAGGGGCUGUCAUGUCUAGAUGCUAACUUUCGAAAGAGAAUGCGUGCAAGUUAGUGUGUGCUGGCAUUCUUUGGAAUGAGGCGAGCCUUAGAGUGUGGUUAUGGCAGGACUGCUUUUCUAGUGAUGUCAGUGUGAUGGUUUGAUAAUACUGUGCAUUUCAUCAGAGUGAUGCACAGUGAUUUAAUUCAGUGCAUUGCUGAGCAUGGUAGUGCAAGCUUAGACCAGAAAUCUGGCACGUGUACGGGUUCUCGUUGCAGGGUUGCAGAAGGAAAUGCUGGUACAAAGAAAAGUGACGACACAAGUUUGAGGUGACACAAGUUGAACAGUGCUCGAAGAAGGUAGACACCACAUAUACAUAUAGCAUGCAAGCGGAGCAGCAACUGAAUCAAACUAGAGCUAAGGAAAUGAUUGUCCGGGAAAGUAAAUUUAGCUUCCUGGAUGACAAUCUUUUAUUGUGCUUUGGUGUAUGGUAUUGUUGCUUGCCACUCUGCGCAUGCACAUUUAUUAAAUAAUUUAUUUGUAUUUAUUUAUUGACACUACAAGCCCCGUGAGCUUUAGCAGGGUGAGAAAUACGGUUUUUGGAAAUUCAUGAAAUUGGCAGGAUGAAACGAAAACAUAUAAAUUCUAGGAAAAGUGAGGAGCGCAGUGCAGGCAUAAAUGCAUAGACGAGCACACUUUGAAGCACUCCAGAAUCGGGAAAUGGAAGUAACAAAGAAUAAACAAUUCUGGACACUGGCAAACGUUACUUGAAGCAAACAUUUGUAGAGAUGGUUUUAAGAUUUAAGAUUUCAUCAUUUAUGAGUGUGCUUGUCUUGGAAGUAUAAACAAGUUGGAAUUAAGCGUCUGACCCUGUCGUCUUUCUUGCUGUCCUUUGCGUAUGUGCCACAUUUCUGGUUUAGAUGUAUGGACAGUGGUAUCUGUAUUCUAGCUCUCUGGGCAGUGCUGGUUUUUCAACCCUCAUUUUGAUGGGUGCUUCUUUCCGUUACGUCAUACGCUUGCUGAACUUGCAAGCGCCAAAGUAAGCCUAUUCCUGCUUGACUUGUAGUUAGUGGAAAAAAAUGUUCGUUAAUUGUUUGAGUGCUUUCGAUGUGCCAAAAUGGCCUUGCUAGGGUGGUGGUCAGGCUUCGUGUGAGACACCUAAUAGCUUGCUUGUUUUCAAUAUUUCUUCACUUGGGUUGCUAGGCCGUUUGCUUCACCAAUGCCAACCACAGAGCAGUUUCAGUAAGAAUAGAGUGAUAGUAUUUAAUGACCAGUCUUCAUGCCACCAUGCAGUAGACAUAGCGUAGCUGUAGCCUUUCCGCAUUUGUACAAGAUUGUGCGGUCUAUAUUUACAAUAGUUGGUGUUUCUUUGGCAUCCAGACUCUUAGUUCGACAUUUUUUAGCAUAGUGCACAAACUAAGGAUGUGCCAUGCUUAACGUGCAAUGUAAUUGGCACAAUCGCACUUGUACCGCCUUGGAGAAUUGUUGUUGGACACUGUUGCCCUACUCAUUCGUCGUGCUGUUAGUUUUGGAAUGCAAGCAUGAGCAGUGCUGUACGGUCGUGCAUCCUGUUUUGGUGUUGAUGCUAUGGCAUUCGACGUGGACCGCCGCCAGUUUACAGCAUUGCAGCCCUGCAUAUCUCGACGCCAAAAUGUGGCAUUUAUCGUUGAAGGACAGUGCAAUGCCAGGAGCUGUCAUGCGUUGGUGCCAACACUACAGCAGUCAGACUUGAGCCGCUCGUGCACGAAUGAGAUGCGGAUAGCAUGUACAAAGCCAAACUCGCUGUUGCUGCCAUUGGUGCCAAGCAAACUGCCCCCAAUAAAUGUGGAUUCACACGGCGUACCUGCAUUUGCCGACUCAGUCUGUAUGCCAUGGGGACAGCUUAGCGCCAAAGAACUGUGCUGUGAGCAAGGAUGGUAUCCUUGAACAAUCACUUUUUUGCAUAUGAUCACUUUCUCAAAAUUUCACGUGACCCAGCACCUAAGUGUCAGUGUUUGGAAUGUGAUAGUGUUGCUGGCAUUGUACCAAGACAACGGGCUUGGCACUGCGCGAGGAACGCUGUCGGCUGCAGAUGCCAACCUGUUUGAUGCAAAGUCAUGCAAUAUCUUAAGAAAGUGGUUUUGGUUUCGAAAGUAUUCAUUCUGAAAUGUCGCCCCAGCACAACUUAGGACAGUGUUAGUUGGUGUCAGAGAGCGACAUUCCACCUUAUCAGUACGCAGAAUCAGUCUCUCAGCCGAGUAUGUCGCGUGAAUCCAGUAAAAGCUACCGUAUUGUUCCGUCACUUGGGGACCCUCCUGAGCACACAUAUCUGAACGAAAGUGUCUGCAUGUUAGUGCUUCUGGGUGAAUUUACUCUAGUGGUAUGCUGCCUCUAUGUUGUGUACAGUGUUGAGUGUGUUCAUCAUUUUCCUGUGUGCUGUGCAGUUCGGGGUGCUUGUGGUCAAUUUUAUAGCUUUCUAUUUUAUUAAAGCAAUCUGCGCAGAACGCUAUAGGUGUUUUUCGAAUGCACAUUGUUCAAGGCCUAAGCAAAUCACUUCUUUGGGAAUCCGCAGCAGUGGAAGGAGCUUCGUUUGAUGGAAACUCUCCAUUGACAUGAAAGUAUUGUGAAACUGCAAAGGAAAGGAUCCAGACAGGUUCAAAAAGAAAACCUCUCAGUUGAAAAAAAAUUUGCCGCAAUAGGGGGAUCAAACCCAGUGCCACAGUGUCUCUCCGGGCCUUACUAGCUGAGCUAACAAGGAGGCCAGCAAUUGGUUGGAUGAGAACAAGUUAACCAUAAAUGUUCAGUGACUAGGCAAAAAGGCCUAAAAGGCCCGACAAGGCCCAAAAGGCGAGGGUGCUAGGUUUGAUACCCAAACUGGGACAAAUUCUUAUCCAACCGCUGUGCUUUCUUUCUCGGGAACCAGUUAGGGUUUCUGUUGUAGCUAUCCGCUACUUCUAGCUGAGUGCCCUUUCUCAUUUUAGCUAUUAAAGCCUGCAUAUUCCACAUCUUGGGGUGUAUAGUGUGAUAGCUGGUGUGUGGAGAAAGUGACCAAGCUAUCAAGUAUUUCUGGUAGGUAUCGAUUCUCCGUAUGACGCAGAAUCUGAAUCAUUCGUUUCAGUGGACCUUGUGCCCUCUUGUAGUGCAUGAGGUUACUACCGCUGCCUCGGCCUUCUUUUUCAUUACAAUCGCCUGUCCUCCCAAAGUGUAUGAGAAGGGGAACUGAGGGGCCUGAUUUUUGUGUUAGUCAUAACCGGAAUAUGAAGUUGACAGAUAAUGUAGCCAAACAUGAAAUGCAGAGGCUGUGGGCUCAGCUCCUGCCGGCGGGAAGUAGUUCUUUUGCCCACUUUCAUUUUCCUUUAGCUUAUCAUUUGUACACCUCAAUUCCUUGGCUUCAUAUGAUUUUCUGCAGAAUAUUAGUUACAAUGGUAGUUAAGGAAAAGGUUAAAGAGUGUAAGAAAAGCAGCUUAGUUUUUUGUGCCCAACAUUGGCUUUCAAGCCGCGCAACAGGACUAAAGCGGAGGCAGUACGAGGCAGUGAACAUAGUAAAAAAGAAAUUAGGUUUUGUGUUAUAACUGAGCAAGAAAAAAGCCAGUUAUUAGUUUUAGCAAGUGAAAAGAAAGCAGCUAAGAAAAUUGGGUUAAUUUUUGUAGCAGCAUUUUGCUGACACAAACUCGUUACAGACCAGCAGAAGUACUCAAACAAGUUUUUCUUUGGACAGCAUGGAAAAAAACAGUAGGCAAGAAGCACAUCAAAGGGACUCUUGAUGUGUGCUGUUGUAUGAAUAGGGACAAUGCUGUUAGCGGCUUUAUUGAACUGUGUCGAAGAAAAAUAUACCAGAGGGUUCAUAGGUUCAAAACCGGUGUAAAGUUUCCACGAAUAAUAAUCAACCAAUGAAUCGGACACUCAAUAAUAAGUGUCAUUUUUACAAAUGAAUAAAUAUAUACAAAAUAUACUUGGACCAAGUGUGAUAGCUUGUGCCAACUUGUGAAUGCAAUACAUGGCCCACAGUUUCACGUGUCCCAGAAUGCUUCGUGGUCCAUGGGAAGCAGGUGUUCCCGAUUGCAGAGUUUGUUUGCCACUUGUGCAGGAGGCGUGUCUCUAGCUGUAUAUAGUGUACUCUGUUGUGUCUGUGAAAUGGCUACAUAUCUGGUUAAAGCUGGUUUGGCUAGGUUAUUGUCACCAGGUGUUGUACAAUUGUGAAACACGGCUUGCAUCAGUUAACUCCUCGUUUGGCUCUUCUUGACUGUACUAACUUACUGUAGAUGAGGAGCUACAUUUUGAAGUUGCAUUUGCCUUGCGCUGAAAGGCAUGUUGGGACCACCUGCUUGCUUUGGCCCACGGUUUUCAGCUAGAAUGUAGCACUACUGUGGCCCUUGUGUACAUAGCUAUCAAGAGUGACGAAAAGUGUUUGUGGUGCUGAGCUCACUUUGAGUCUCGCAUGUCGGAGGUUAGUGUGAGAUGUAGCUGGCAAUGGUUGCAUUUCUGCAUUAGCCUAUUGCAGGAAGUUUGUCUUUCUGCCCGAGUGUCAUGUAUGGAAGGCAUUUUGUGUGCCGAUUACAAUGCAAGGUCACUGUUAUGUUGUACCUGCUCUAGUCGUAUGCUGAACCCCGCACAGAACAGCUCGUUUCUCCGCAGAAUAUCUCUUGUGCCUUUUGUUGUCAAGUUUCAUAUGAUUUUUGUUAGCUGAAUGGUUACCUUUGAUGCAAGGUAUUUUGGGAUGAUCUGAAGGGGAUCAUUCCUUUCCUCACUGAACCAGAAUACAGGGAUGCAAAUGAUAAAGAUUGUCUGACUAACACAACAUACCUUAGUGCCCCAGGGUGUCCAGAGUGUCAUGUUUAUUGAGUGAUGUAGUUUCCCUAGGCAAAAAAAUGACAUAAAUGUAAAACAGCAUUGACACUACUAUUAUGAAAACAUUUUGCAUGUCAAUGCAAUGUGGCCUUGGGUUGAGAACCUUCUGAUGCUUCCUCUCUUUCAUCACUUGUUGGCAUUAUCUGAGUAGCGCCCUCUAUGCAUGGGCCUCCAAAUCAAAGCAAGCAUAAGUGCACAAGAGGACACAGCCUUCAGGAUAAUUGACAUGGCUUAAACUUUUCAUGAGCAUAACCUUGGUUCAUUGUGGGUGAUUUGAAUUGCAGAAGUGUGGCUUCUUUAGCUGUGAUUUCUUUGGCAAUCAAGCCCUCUUUUGACAUAAAACAAAUGUGAGGUUUUUAGAAAGGCUUGCAGCAAUCUAGAUUGACUUAGUGUUUGUUGUUAAUGUCCUUUUGAAAGACUAAGGUAUACUCUGGGCACUUACAUCCUCCAUUAGAUAGUAAAAAUGUGCCAGUUUCAUGACUAUAAAUUUAUUGGAAAAACAAAUUGCAAUUGCAUCAAAAGAGAGUGGGAGUUGGGUUCUGUUCACAUCUGGUCUAUUUGCUUUCAUGCUUUUCCUGAUCAUACAAGGACAUCCUAUGGUGUUUUUAGGGAAACUUGACAGAUAUUGCAUGUGUCAUUUCUUUUUUCUAUUCUAUUUCAAAAUCGGACCUGUGUUCUGCUAAACUGAUAAACAACAAUCAUUCUGUGGCAAGAGCGUCAUAGUGUUUGUUACUCUUCAUUUCUGUCGCUCUUGUCCAGACUUUAUUCUGUGGUUUAUCUUGGGAGAAAAAUGAGUAGUUGCAAGAAGUUUGGAAAACAGUAUUCCACCUGUUAAGCUAUGUCCGUCCACACAAUUCAUUUUCUGUCUGCUGUGCUUGUUCAGCGUGCGCAUGCAUUUUAGGCCUGGCUUGUGAUGCCGACUAGUGACCGCCAUGUUCUUUUAAAUCAGUUGUUGGUAAAAUAACACAAGCAAUAUUUGUGCCCAUAAAUGAAACUUUUAAUAACCUUUUAUUUUGCCAUGCUCAGCAUUGCUGUAAUAAGUAAACGAUGCUCCAAGUCAUUUCAUCAUACAGGGCAUUUUCUUGGACAAUACCGAUUUUAUAUAAAAGGACUCUGACCGUGAGACACCCAUCAUCUUUUUGCAUAUGAGCUCUACGGCGAGGCAGAAAUACUUUGCUGCUGUACGAGUUACUCUGAAAAGACGAAUUAAAAGAAGCUGUUAAUGAAAUUAUUAUUAACUUGAGGGUGCUUGUUUAUGUGGAAAACUUGUUGGGUGUCACAAUAUCUGGCAAACCCAUUUUCUUAAAAAUGAAAAAAAUUGCACGUAAUUAGAUAUUCAUAAUUGGUGGAGCGGUGGAGGACAUUCCCAUCAACUACAUCAUAAUAUUGGUAAACUACCGACUGGAGAGAAUACAUCCACAUCCAAAAUUGAGCAGGGACGAAGCCACCGCCCUAUGCAUAAUACAAACGAAUACAUAUAUCCAUGAAAUUAUCUUGCACCAGUUGCACCCCACAAAAUUCUCAUACUUAUGCCAAUUUUGUGAUGUACCAGACACCCUCCAGCACAUGGUGCUGGUGUGCCCACAGUGUGAGGAAAACAGUGAGGAUGAAGCUUCAGAACCGCUAUAAGCCAUCGAAGAAACGUGGGAGGCAAUGUUAAUGGCACAGAGCCUGGAAGACCAGCAAAGUCUGCUGGACUGUGCCCGGGCCAUGGCAUUAGCCAAUGGCUUUCUGGACUAAGAGAGCUGCCUAGGGCAAAGAAAGGACACUUUCUCACUGUUUUCCACAAUAAACGUUUAUUCCUUGCCCUCCUCCUCAUCGGAAUUGAGGGCCAAAUCCAGGCAAUUUCGAGACUGAGUGCACCCCACUGUAUGUCAGAUGGCAGUGCCCCAUAAAGAAAGGUGGUGCAAAGUUUGAAUGAUAGCGUGCCGUGGCAAAUUUGACCCGACACAUAGCAGCACAUGCUUGCCAGGCACAGUGUGCCGUAUCAGUAGCUGCUGCGAUUGGCCGAGACUAUCGCUUUCAUAUUUUCUUGCACUUGUCACAGGAUGUUUUGAUGUGAUAUGAUAACCGGGCCACCUUUACUGCACUCCUGUGGUGCUCGGUUUUGAUAUUGCCUGGAUCUAACGCUGAAAUUCGGUAAAAAAUACCUCGAAUUAGGUGUGAUCUGUAAGAGCUCUAAAACAAUGUGACUGCCUUCAAAUCUGCCAUUUAAACUGCCCUAAGGCACUAAUAAAAGAAGUUAAUAAACAAGCUUUUCUUAAUUAUUUUUCUGAAGCUCACAUUAUUAGCAAAAUAUGACCAGCUCCCCUAGGAACUUCUCUGCAAAAACAUGGUGUUCGCUGUGCUUAGCCUUUUUAUAAAGAAAUCGUUAUUGUUUAAAAGAACCUUGUAAAUCUGCCAUUAUUUUUCCCCCACAAUAUCGCGCAGUUUGAAAUCCUUAUUUAACCUCUUCUGUGUGUCUUUUUGGAAGUUUCAACAAAGCGGUGUAAUUUCUUUUUCAUUUGGAACCUGACAACACUACAGGCAUCAUAAAGGAGCUGAAAUGCAACCUGUUUAGGAAAUCUUGCACUGAAUGGCAACAUUUUUUUUUUUUUUUUCGUAUAUAUAAUGCGCUGUUUGCUGGAGCAUCAAAGUGUUGAACUUUUCCUUUAUGGAAGCACUUACAAAUCCAGUUUUGGUCAUUGUAGUUUGUGAAGUUUGAACCAUGUGUAAAGCCCAAGUGCACACCAUCUGUAAUGCACUGUUUCACAUUACUACUGUAACUAAACCACAAGGAUGUUGCACACCCAUGAUAUCUUACAGAACUGAAAAAGAAAAGAACAAUCCUAGAAUUGUGUUCUAAGUCAUACCACUGUCACACAUGCUGGCAAAUGUAACAAGGCAGAAACACAUUCUAGUUUAUUUUCACUCAUUUGCAUUUCACAUUAGUGUUGAUAGUAUGCUAUUAGGUGGCACUGUGGCAGCUGUCUUUGCACGGAGUGACCAGCUGUGUGAAAAAAAACAUGGUGGAAAGAGAAAAUUUUUUUAGUAUGUUGCAACUUCUGUGAUGUGUGUACGUGCAGCAGCCAUCAAACUGUUACCCUUUGGGCAAUGUGUGCGUUCAUGUUAAGUGAGAAACCAUUGCUCCUUAUGCCUGCAUUGAAUACAACAAAGAAAGAAAAAAAAAGAUGUAAUCAAAAUGCAACUUGUGCACCUCGUUCCUGCAAAUAUGUUUUUACAUCUUCAAGGAAAACGCAUUUGUACGGAAGUUGACUGUAUGUAUUGCUCCCAUCACCCAUUAGGCUAAGUAUGGUAAAGUGAUACUUGAGGUUUUAGCUAGUACUGUGGAUUGCAUUUUUCAUUUAUGUGUUCAGCAUUUGUAUGGCCUUUGUGAAAGGUUCACUCUCUGUGCAUGCGACCAAGAUUGUUAUCAGUAGGCUGCAGUGGCUAAUAUAUUCUGCUGCUCAUCAUAAACCAUUGGGCUCAGCUAUCAGCUGCCAUUACACUAUCCCAUUAAAUCCACGAUGGGAAAUGCCUGCGUACUGAGAUUUCAGUAAUAGGUGAUCAUAUUUAAUACAGAGCUGUUGAUGAUGCAAUCCCUCACAACUCGUGUGAGGUUUUGAUAUUUAAAAACCUGUUGAUUGUAUUUUUGUCUCUUGGCCCGUAGUGGGUGGCCCAGUAAUUGUGGUGUUCCACGGCAAAGCAUAUGGUCCUAGGUUCGAUUCCCAUCUGUGGCAGCCAUACUCUGGUUGAGGGAAUGCAAGAAUGCUCGUGUACAGAGUUCACAUUGGAGAACCUCGGUAUGCCGAAAUUAAUCAAAAUUUUUCUACUACGAUUUCUCCUAUAGCCCCUGUGCACUUCGAAACAGUAUACGAUAUAAAUGUAUAAAUAAAUUAAAUCAUGAUCUUUUGCUUAAUACAUAAAUCAAUCAUUAAUUCUUGAGUCUCUUGCCAAGGAACAUGAACAAGCUAUUCUGGCACUCCAAAGUUUUGGUCGCAUGUUCUGUGGCACGCAAACUUUUGACGAAGACCAUGCAUUUUGUUUUCUAUGCUUCACAGUUAAGUGUGCAUGUAUAAGCCGCUGGUAUUGUUAUUGAGGUAGAGUACUGGUUGUUUUGUAUUUAUAGCUGCUUUGCGUGAUGGGAGUAUUUUAGGACAUGGUACGGCCGUCUGCCUUGCACUUCUCUCCCUUUGAAUGCAAGGCCGCUGCACUGUCGGUGGUCAUGUGACCUGUUGAGCAUGCUGUCCUUUGUGCCUAUGGAAUGGAGAGAACUGUGAAGGUGCGGCACCACAGAGGCUGCUUUAGAAGAGCUUGAAAGAUGUUAUUUAUUUCUUACAGUGGCAUCAGAGGGACAAUAAACUAUGUGCAAGAUUUCUCAGUG